CUCACUUUGACUUGACUCUCUUACUCUUCUCUCGCCAUGCCAGAUAACAAGGCAUCGGCGUCACCGCCCCCAAAUCCAAAUCCACCUUGGGGCUCGGCACCUACAUUAGCAAACCUCGAACUAGAACCUCGUCUCCGUCUACGCGACGGCUCCCACUCGUCGGCCUCGACGCGUUCCUCAAUGCGCCCAGCCUCAAGGUCACGCGGGGGCUCCCGCCAGCGCCGUGGCUCGACAAGGAGUGAAGGCCUAGACUCUGUCGUCUCCUCCGAGUCCACAGACAUGCCCGCCGCGACCAACACCACCGCCGCCGCCGCCAACGCCGAUCCGAGGUCAACGCGUCGGCUUCCUCGGCUCAACAGUCGCCCGCGUCGCCCAACACCAGAGCGGCAAGACAACGACUCGAGCAGCGAAGACGAGCCCCUCGCCCUCAGCAGGUCAAGGUCACCUGUGAAGCGGUCGGCCACCGCUCGUCAUACAGAGGUCAUCGGUAGCUCCUCGUCGUCGUCAUCACCCGACAGCGGAGCGGCCAGAAGAUUCACGGCUGCGGAGAAGGGCAAGGGCCGUGCGGCACCUCCGUCUCCGACGCCCAUCGAGGUCGAGUCGGAUAGCGACGACAGUCCACUGCUGGCCGACGAGAGUAUCCAGUUUAUCAAGCAGCAAGCCCCCUCUCCGCUUCCAGUCGAGGACGAGGUGGAGAGUGUCAUUGGCGAGGACGAAGCCAUAACGGCGUACACCCGUGGAGGCCGUGGUCGUGGACGCGGACGUGGAGGUCGCGGUGGCGGUCGUGGUGGUCAUCAAGUUCAGCCGACAGAGUGGGACACCGACUCGCUGCGCGAAGCGGUCACCACCCAGGCCGACUCGAUGCUCCGCAACCAGAUUCAAGCCAACGGGACGAGAGAGGAAAGAGGCGAAGCUCGAAUCGAACACCCACUCAAGGGCCUGUGGCAGGUGCAGGGGUCUUGGGUCAUCGAGGGCGAAUGUCCAGUCUGUCGCGAGCGUAUCCCAGGUGGUCUCGGUCCCAUCGGCUCUGGUAUCGGCGGUGUCAUCCUCCUCGAAGCCAUGGUCCGCCAUGCUGGCGACCUCGUUUGAGCCUCGGCCACAGGCUCCACCCACGCACGGACGACACAUCAUCGUCCCGUCCCCGGACCCCCGUCCACUCACUUAGUUCCAUGUCCGAUACGCCGAGGCGCUGUGAAAGCCCGGCGGUCACUCUGCUCCACCACACAUCCAGGCUCACCCGAGCUCCUCCUCCGCACACCCACGUACGCACGUACCCACUUUGUUCAUAGUAGCUGUAAUUAUGUUGUCAC